CCAAACAAAACCAGAGAUAUCGUUAUCCACUGAACUCCUCAGCUUCUUCUGCCACAUUGCCAAAUCCUCAAAUCUUCUCUCGAGAGCUAAACCAAAACGGAAAUGGCAGCUUCUUCGUCUCCAUCUCUCCUUCUACCACUAGGUUCAGCAUCUAGAAACGGUACAACCAUCAAGACUCCAAGAUGUAUAUCUACAAGAGUCAUCGUAGCUUCAGAAACAAGAAACAAAAGCUGUAGCCGUAGAGACGCAAUGCUAUUGGUUCUCGGCGUGUCAGGACUCUCAAUGAACUACUUGCCUGCGGCUUAUGCCGCUGGUUUGCCUCCAGAGGAUAAACCGAGGCUUUGUGAAGCUGAAUGCGAGAAAGAGCUUGAAAAUGUCCCAAUGGUAACUACAGAGUCAGGGCUUCAGUAUAAAGAUAUCAAAGUUGGUAAAGGCCCUAGUCCCCCUGUUGGUUAUCAGGUUGCUGCUAACUAUGUAGCUAUGGUUCCUUCAGGGCAGAUUUUUGACAGUUCUUUGGAGAAAGGUCUACCAUAUCUGUUCCGAGUUGGGUCUGGCCAGGUGAUCAAGGGACUUGAUGAAGGACUUUUGACUAUGAAAGCUGGUGGCAAACGCAGACUCUACAUUCCAGGGCCUUUGGCGUUUCCAAAGGGUCUAGUCUCAGCUCCGGGGAGGCCACGAGUUGCACCAAACAGUCCAGUUGUAUUUGAUGUGAGCUUAGAGUACAUACCAGGGCUCGAGUCAGAUGAAGAGUGAAACUCUUUAUUAAAGUUCAGAUUAAAAUAUGAAAAUACAUACACAUGCUUUUAUGUGAUGGUGUCUCAUUUAUAUUUUUAUUUGUUGUAAAAAAAGCCUAAGCUUUUCAGUUCCUUCACCAUUUGACCCCCAAACUUUCUAUUUGUUUUCUAUAGUUGAAGAAAGAUGAUGUUUGAUAACACAAGACUACAAGAGUCUCAUCAUUUUUUCA